AUGCAGAUUCGUUAUAACGGUUGCAAGGGAACUUUAUCCGUAAAACCAGAACUUGACAAUCGACAACAUCAAUUAGUUGUUCGAGAGAGUAUGGAAAAAUUCGAGAGUGAACAUUAUAUGUUAGAAGUGUGUAAAGUAUCAUCACCAAGACCAUUGUAUCUAAAUCGUCAAACCAUAGUAUUACUUUCAAAUCGUGGAAUUCCAGAUUCGAAUUUUCUCGUAUUGCAAAAUCAAAAUCUUUUGUGGCUUGUUCAGUCAUUUUUAAACAAUGAAUAUGCCUUUAAACUUUUAAAUGAGAAAGUUUUAGAUGUGUUUCCAUUCAAAAAAUUAGCAAAAUACAUCGAUUUAGUCAAUGAAAUAUUCUUUAAAGAUUUGUUGAUUGGAUGCUGUCUAACCAAUGUUUUGGAGUUACUAAAACGAACAAGAAUCAAAAUUCCGAAAAUGGAAGCGAGAAAUAUGUUUGGAAUUGUUGAUGAGUACCGUGUAUUAGAAUAUGGACAAGUAUUUAUCCAAUAUACACCAAUGUAUGAAGAAGAAAUAAACGGUGAACGUCGUCAAAGAGAAGAUCCAAAAAUUUUAAACAACUGUUUAGUUGCAAUAACAAAGAACCCGUGCCAUCAUCCGGGUGAUAUUCGAACAUUUAACGCGGUUGAUCAUCCUAAAUUAAGACAUUUGAAAGAUGUUGUGGUAUUCCCGCAAAAAGGACCCCGUCCUCACUCAAAUGAGAUAAGUGGCUCAGAUUUAGAUGGUGAUGAAUAUGCGGUUAUAUGGCACGAGGAUCUUGUUCCAAACACAGAAAACUAUGAGGCGUAUGUAUAUGACACACAAGACAAUCUACCAAAACAUCCAGGUGCAAUUACGCGUGAGGACAUCAACAAGGUUGUCCUAGAUAUAGCUGAACAAGAUUGUUUGGGACGCUUGUCAAAUCUUCAUUUGGCUUAUGCUGACCGUCUUGGUGUCGAUGAUGAAAAAUGUAAGGAGUUAGCCGGUGUUAUUAGUAAAGAAGUAGACUCAGGAAAAACAGGCAUACAUCCAAUGUCAGAGGCACAAAUCAAAGAAUUAGCCAAGGGACUAGACAACAAACGACCUGAUUUUAUGGAAAAUAAAAAUAUGGAAUCAUAUGCAUCUUCUUGUAUAUUAGGGAAACUAUAUCGUGCAUCUUGUCGAUCAAUUUCGGGUUGGAAUAAGUUACUUUCUUAUCAUAGACAUUUGAAACAUUUUCAUAUAGCAACUCCUAAUGAUGAAGAUGAACAAUCUCUCACUAUAGAAAAAUACGAGCAAAAAAUAUACAUUGAUGAACUGUUACUUCAUGAAAACUAUAAACAACACAUAGGAAUAGCUGAAAAGUUUUUCUAUGUUUAUAAACAAGAAUUAUUAGAAAUUCUUAGUCUCUAUCACUUACAACAUGAAACGGAUUUAUUCUGUCGUGGAUCUAAACAAAAUGAGAUUGAAGAUUCUGCUCAAUGUGAAUUUCAACAAUUAAUUGAUCGCAUGAAACACGGUUUCUAUUUAUAUGUUAUAAACAUUUGUCCAUCGGCUAAUUGUUCACAAGAAGAAUACUGUGAUAGUUGUCUCGAUCAUUACAGAGCACUCUCAUCUGCUUGUUAUUAUCAUUGUUAUCAAGAAGCAAAUAAAGCAACAAGUAGACGUCAACAAAUUCUUAGUUUCCCGUGGAUAUUUGGUCGCUACUUGAUAGCAGUUAAAUUAGAAAAUUUACGAGGAAAAGAAGAAAAGUCUUCAACUAAUCGAAUUUUUGGUAUGGCGAUGUGUAAUGCUCUACAAAAAUUGAUCAAUGAAAACAAUUUAAGAUUAGAAGUGAAUACAGACCAUGGCCUAGCAUUAGUAUUAUUCAAUAAACAAAGUUCUGGAGUUCGUUCGUCUAAUCGUCAAAGAUUAAAUUAUGAAAUAGAUUGGAAAAUAAUUGUAUUUAUUGAAAUAAUAAACGAUUGGCUAAAUAGAGAGCAGAAAAUAUUGUCUAAAGAUAUUCAAGAUACGGAAAAUGAAAUAAGUCGAAAACCAUUAGUUUCAUAUGAGUGUUGGAAUACUAUAUUAAUAAAAUUUAUUAAGAAAUAUUCAACAUCUUCAACUACAAAUUUUAAUGAAUUGUCUAUUGGAUUUCAACAAAAGUCUUCUCCUCGUAACGAUGUAUAUUAUGGAUAUAUUAUAUCUUGCUUUAAUGAAUGGAAUAACAAUGAAAACUUUAACAAUGAGAUGUUUGAUAUAUUUUAUAAACUUUUAAAUAUUUGUUUUGAGCAUUCACUUGAUACAGAAGAUAAUUCAUUUGCUUAUCUAAGUGAAUACAUUAUAUUAUUUUUACAACAAAUUGCAAUUCGAAAAGAACUCAAAAACUAA